AUGGUCAAGGACAUUGCUCCUAGAGCGGGCUUACCUGCCGAUUUCCUUUGGGGUUUUGCAACUGCAGCAUAUCAGAUUGAGGGCGGUGCCACGGCCGAUGGACGAGGACCUUCAAUAUGGGAUACCUUCUGCAAGAUCCCUGGCAAGAUUGCCGACGGCAGCUCUGGGGAUGUUGCCUGUGACUCGUACCACCGCACCGCUCAGGAUAUCGAGCUGCUCAAGAAGCUUGGGGCCAAAGCAUACCGAUUUUCCGUCUCGUGGUCGCGGGUCAUCCCCUUGGGUGGUCGAAAUGAUCCGAUCAACGAGGCCGGACUCCAGUACUAUGUCAAAUUCGUCGAUGACCUGCUCGAAGCUGGCAUUGUGCCCUUCAUCACCCUGUUCCACUGGGAUCUGCCCGACGAGCUCGAUAAGCGAUACGGAGGUUUCUUGAACAAGGAGGAGUUCGUCGCUGACUUUGCCAAUUAUGCACGAGUUAUGUUCAAAGCCAUGGGAUCCCGGGUCAAGCACUGGAUUACCUUUAACGAACCAUUCUGCAGUGCCGUUCUCGGGUACAAUGUCGGUGUUUUCGCCCCAGGUCGCUCCAGCGACCGAACGAGGUGUGCUGAAGGUGACGGGUCGAGGGAACCUUGGAUAGUUGGUCAUCAUAUCUUGCUGGCCCAUGCGACUGCGGUCAAGAUCUACCGAGACGAGUUCAAGUCGCGCGAUGGAGGAGAGAUCGGGAUUACCCUGAAUGGUGACUGGACAGAGCCGUGGGACCCUGAGGACGAACGAGACCGGAUAGCAUGCCAUCGCAAGAUCGAAUUCGCCAUCUCCUGGUUCGCCGACCCGGUCUACUUUGGCCACUACCCGGAAUCGAUGGUCAAGCAACUGGGUGACCGUCUCCCCACAUUCAGCAAAGAAGAAAGCGAGCUCAUGAAGGGCUCCAACGAUUUCUACGGCAUGAAUCACUAUUGCGCCAACUACAUCAAACACAAGGAAGGACCCGCCGAUCCACUCGACGUUGGCGGCAACUUGGAGAUCCUCUUUGAGGACAAGUACGGCAACAGUAUCGGCCCCGAGACGCAGAGUUUCUGGCUUCGACCUCACGCCCCUGGGUUCAGGAAAUUGAUGAAGUGGUUGAGUGAUCGAUACGGACGGCCGAAGAUCUACGUGACGGAGAACGGGACGAGCAUCAAGGGCGAGAACGACUUGUCGCGGGAGGAGAUCCUCGAGGAUGAUUUCCGGUGUGAGUAUUUCCGCAGUUACAUCACCAGCAUGGCCGAAGCUGUGGCCGAGGAUGGAUGUGAUUGUCGCGGGUACAUGGCAUGGAGUCUUAUGGACAACUUCGAAUGGGCGGAGGGAUACGAGACUCGUUUUGGCGUCACAUAUGUCGACUACGAGAAUGACCAGAAGCGGUACCCGAAGAAGAGUGCGCUGGAGAUCUCGAAGAUAUUUGAACAGUACAUUGGCAAGAUAUGA